AUGGGUGAUUUAAUCAUUGUUUCCAAUCGUUUACCAAUGACCAUCACUAGAAAGAAAAAUUGUGAUCAUUGUGAACAUCCAUUUAAUUAUCAGAAAAGUUCUGGAGGUUUAGUCACUGCUCUGACUGGAAUGAAUCAGGAAUUCACAUGGAUUGGUUGGACAGGUUCUGAGGUUUCAGAUAAGAAUGAUCAGGAUAUUCUAAAGAGGGAAUUAUUGGAAGAUUUCAAUCAGUUUCCAGUCUUUUUAGAGAAGGAAGAGGCAACCAUGUAUUAUGAUGGUUUUUGUAAUGGAGUAUUGUGGCCUGUUUUUCAUUACAUGUAUGAGAAGAAUGUUACUUAUAAACAGGAAGAAUGGGAUGCCUAUAAGAAGGUGAAUGAAAAGUUUGCUGAUGCUGUGUUGAGUGUUUAUAAGGAAAAUGACUGUGUUUGGAUUCAUGAUUAUCAUUUAAUGUUACUACCAGCAAUUCUAAGAAAGAAGAAACCAGAUAUGAAUAUUGCCUUCUUUCUUCACAUUCCCUUUCCAUCAAGUGAAAUUUAUAGAAUUCUACCUGUCAGAUCUCAACUUUUGGAAGGUUUGCUGUCAAGUAAUUUGGUUGCAUUUCACACAUUUGAUUUUGCAAGACAUUUCCUAAGCAGUUGCACAAGAACUUUGGGUUCAGAUACAACUCCUAGAGGAUUAUUCAGCUCAUCAUCUGGACUCUUUGUUUCAGUUCAUUCAUUACCAAUUGGAAUUGAUCCACACACGUUCAGAAAGGAAUUACACACUGAAGCAUGCCAGAAAAUCUUGUCAGAUUUCAAGAAUGUCAAGUAUAAGGGCAAGAAGAUUGUUUUGGGUAUUGAUCGUUUGGAUUACACAAAAGGAGUUCAAUUGAAAUUUGCUGCCUUUGAAAGAUUUUUAACAAACUUUCCACACAGAGCUCAGGAUACAGUAUUGAUUCAAGUUGGUGUUCCAACACGUCCUAACGUUGUCGAAUAUCAAGAAUUAUUGAGUGAUGUGAAUGAAACUACUGGAAGAAUCAACUCAACAUUUGGCAGCUUGAAUAAUGGAUUUCCUGUCCAUUUCAUUUACAAAUCAGUUAAUAUGAGUGAAUUAUGUGCGCUGUAUGCAUUAGCUGAUAUCUGUUUAAUUACAUCCAUUCGUGAUGGUAUGAAUCUUGUCAGCUCUGAAUAUGUCGUUUGUCAAGAUGAAGCAGUUCGCUUAGGAUUAAAAGAUCAUGUAGGUGUUUUGAUUUUGAGUGAAUUUGCAGGUGCUGCCAGAUCACUUGGUGGUUCUCUCAUCAUUAAUCCAUGGGAUGUUGAACAAACUAUGAAGAGUAUUGCUGAUGGUUUGGAUAUGAAAAUGUCAGAGAGAAGUGCACGUCACAAACAUAACAAUUCAAUUGUCAUGAGAAAUACUGCAGCUCAAUGGGGUAAAGAUUUCAUGCAAGAAUUUGAAUCU